UUGUGGUUCUCAAAGGAACACAUAGCCAUUGGAGUCCAACAAUUGUGAUAAGGCAACAGUUCGACAAGGGGACGAAGAAGCACCAGCACCAGAAGCAGAGUUUGAAGAAAGCUUAGAGAGGAAUCCCAAACUAGAAGCAUGGCGACCAUUUCACCCACCUUUCUUCCACAUCAAUCCUUCCCAAGUGUUCCCAGAAGGAACUCCUCUUGUCUUCCCCGCCUCAACAGGCCUAAAUCUUUCAGUAUUAGAGCUGCCAAGCUUCCUGCUGGGGUUGAGUUGCCUAAAGAUGAGCCCAGGCUCACAGAGCCAUUCCUAGGCUUCACGAGGACCGCAGAGGUUUGGAAUUCUAGAGCUUGCAUGAUUGGCCUCGUUGGGAUUUUCAUUGCGGAGCUGAUUUUUAACAAGGGAGUUCUUCAGAUGAUUGGAGUAGAAGUAGGGAAAGGGCUGGAUCUCCCUCUUUGAUUCGUUUCGCAGCACUGCUAUGGGCAAUCAAAGAAGCACAGUGACACGGAGCUUUUCUCGUGGGUUACAAUUUGAUUGUGUUAUUGAAAAAUGAUUCUUAAAUGGUCCUAUUAUGUCAUUGGAAAUGUUCAUAACUUGGUUGAUAUUUUGUUUUGGAAGCCAGCAUAAAGAGAAGAAAAUAUCAUCCCAAGUAAUCAUCAUU